AUGGACCUCGACGAGCCGCAGCCGCAGGGCUUGUUUGCCAACUGCAGCUUCGCCAUCGUUCGUUCCGCGACUCUCACAACCAAGGAUGCCGAGUCGCUGGCAGGUGAAUUGAAACUACACGAUGGCGAAGUGUACAUCGACGAUUACCCCGAAAACAAUCUCGAUCUCUCCGGCAUCACACACGUUAUCGCGACCACCUCCGACUUCCCCGACUACCACGCUUGCUGCGAUGCCCUCAUUCCAGUAGUCAAACCCAUCUGGGUGUCACAUUCGCUUGCUAAGGACAAAUUGAUCAACCCCCGUCAAUACACCCCCGAUCCACGUUUCUUCAUGUCCGAUGUUGUGGCUUGUGUGGCCGACCUCCCUCAUGGUGACGCCGACGCCAUCUCUGGUGGGAUCCUCGCUAUGGGAGGCCUCUUCUCCACAAAGUUCACCAGCCAAGUCACCCAUAUAAUUUCACUUUCCAGCGACUCUGAGGCCUGCGACUACGCUCAGAAGAAGCGGCUCAACGUGAAGGUUGUACUUCCCCACUGGGUAGACGACUGCCUGAAGCUGGGUAGAAAGAUCGAUGAACAACCCUAUAUGCUUCCAGAUCCAGAAAUCUUGAAACCUCCAAUGGGCAAAGCGCCGUCUGGGAAGAGGAAGACACCGGUUGAAGGUGCCACCGAUCCUGAUCCUUCUCAACAACAGCCGCGUUCGGCUCAGCCUCGUCGGCUACGCAAGGUCUUCAAAAACAAGACUGUGAUGCUUGCAGGAGAUCUUGGAAUUUCGCAGUACCUGCGGGAUAUUCUACAUGAGAUCAUAACCGCUGGUGGAGGAGAGUUGACGGAUUUUGUGACCAAGGCCAACAUGUAUAUCGGCAAAUAUCGUGAGGGCAGAGACUACAAGAUUGCUUCGAGGGCGGGAAAAGACGUGGGCAACCUGGCUUGGCUCUACUUCCUCAUUCAGACUGAUGAAUGGACUUCUCCUCUGCGACGCUUAUUGCACUAUCCAAUCGUGCGAGGUGGCCUCCCUGGCUUUCCAUCUCUGAAGAUUAGUCUCUCGAACUACAGCGGCGAAGCAAGAACCUAUCUCGAAAACCUGAUCAAUGCGACCGGCGCAGAAUGCACAAAGACUCUGAAACAAGACAACACUCAUCUGAUCACUGCGCAUGUCAUGAGCGAAAAGUGUGCAGCUGCGAAAGACUGGGGAAUCCACAUUGUCAACCAUCUAUGGCUGGAAGAGAGCUACGCACGCUGGAAGAUGCAGAGCAUCACUGACGGAAAAUACACUCAUUUCCCCAAGCGUACUAACCUGGGUGAUGUCGUGGGCCAUACUCAAUUAGAUCGCCAUGUCCUCGAACAGUUUUUCCUUUCCAGUGAGGAUACAGAUAUGACCGACGCUGAAGAGCCAGGUCCAAUGCGUCCAAUGUCCAAAAACACAGUCUCUGCCGGAGGACUCAAGCAGACAAGGAAGGCGAACCGAGGGCAAACAAGCAACGAUCCGCCAACUGAACAACUUCGAACUCCAGUUCCACCAAGAUUUAUACCCACAGGAAAGGAGAAUGUCACACCUUCUACGACCAACAGCCGGAAAUCGAAAGAGGUUGCCUCGGCGCGUCUGCACGAGCUGACACCUGACAUACUCUUGUACGAGAAAGAACGCAAGCGAGUUGGAGGAGUUGUCUAUGGCGGCAGACGAAAGGCCGGUGAAGAUCGGGCUCCAGUCGAACGGAAGCGGUCAGCGGACCAAACAUCAGCAAACGGCGGGGAAAGUGACACUGCAACGAAGAAGAUCAAGCGAUCGAAUCCACAACCAACCAUGCAUUUGAUUAUAUCUGGCUUCAACAAAUGGGUCGGUCGCCCCAAGAUCGAGGAUAAUGACAAGAAACAACUCAAAAAUCUGGGCAUAAUAUGCACGUCAGACCCUUCGAAAGCAACACAUCUCGCGGCUCCACACAUUGUUCGGACACAGAAAUUCGUCACGGCCCUAGCUUAUGCUCCGCUGGUCAUAUCCAUCGACUUCAUUGAUGCGUGCCUGGAUGAAAACAAGUUUCUGAACCCGGAAGAUUUCAGGCUGCAGGACGAGGAGAAUGAAAAGCGACUAAACCUUUCGAUUGAAGCCUCUCGAGAGCGGGCGCGGAACAACCACAAUCAACUGUUGGAAGGCCGGAGCAUCUAUUGUAUGGAAAACAUACAUGGUGGAUUCGAGACGUUCAAAACCAUUGUUGAAGUCAAUGGUGGUCGAUGUUUGCAGUGGCGAAACCGCAAGGUACAGACCGUACCGUCCAGUCGAGCCGACAGUGAAGGGAGCACGGACAAUGAUGCAGACCAUGAUGUCUACUUGGUCACCGAUGGGCGAAAAGAAAACAAGCCCUCGUGGUCUCGUUUCAAGGAAAUGGCAGAAGAAGGUGGAAAAGUCCCGCGCAUCGUGCUGACCGAUUGGCUCCUCGAGACCGCAAUGUCUCAACAAAUCCUACCAACACAACCAUACGAGGUGUAG